UUUUUUUAUCGCCGACCAACUUAAUAAAUCAGCUAACAUGGAGGAAAUAUCCGUCUCGGAACAGACCGUGUCUUCUCCUCACAGGGACCAGGGCGGCUUCAUUCUGCAUACACUCUCCAACUCGGCCCGGCCAAACGGUCGGAUCCGUGUGACGCGUGCGUGCGAUAGAUGCAAGAAGAGAAAAGUGCGAUGUAACGGCCAACAGCCAUGUAAUGUCUGCGCGGAAGCAAGGGCCUCGUGCUCCUUCAACGCCACGCAUACUAGAGGGAGGAGGCCCAACGUCCGAGUCUCUCGGCCUGGUCUUCCACCGCAGAUAGCGCCGAAUUCGGCAACAAGGAGAGCGUCGUUGAAUGAUCCAAGUAGCCAGACGGCUUUGGAAGACCUAGACCAGCCAGUGCCUGGGGGAGACUCGCUGAUCACUACCGAGCCUGCUUCUCGCAUGUCGCCUGAACCAACCCAGACAGAUCUCCAAGGCUAUUAUGUUGGUUCUUCGUCUGGUAUCUCAUUUCUCUCCAGGAUCCAGAAACGGUUUGGCGAGACUGUCUCUUUCCCCCAUGGCCUCUCCGUUUUCAACUUUGGAGACGCUCCAUUACCUGGGGGCGAAGCCUAUCACAACUCGGCCGGUACUGCACAGCCCUGCCUUGACCCGGCAUUCUUUUUCCUGCUCGAACGGCAAAGCACGACUCGACUGGUCCAGAGAUAUUUCGACUUUGCAGUCCCUGUGGACCGGUUCCUGCAUCGACCAACUAUUGAGCGACGGCUCGACGAGUUCUACGAGACGAAGGGCGCAAUGUACGAUAAGGAUACUGCGCCUGCCGAGAGAUCUGUUCUCUUCAUGGUCUUUGCGAUUGCCCAGGAACACAUGGUAACCAAGUUAUCCCAGUCAGGUGUCGAUACCAGUGUGCGAUACUUUCGAGCUGCUGACCACCAACUCUCCAUGGAGUUGGGUGCCGUGCGGCUAGCGAGCGUUCAAGCCCGUCUCUGCCAAUGCCUCUGGCUCCUCUCGCAGUCACGAAUAAACCAUUGUUGGAGCCUCUUCGGUACCGUCGCUCGUCUAGCCCUCGCUCUCGGUCUCCAUCGCAGCCGAAACGCUAGAUCCGACUCCAUGUCGCGAGUUGAGAUUGAGUGUCGCCGAAGAACAUUUUGGAGUGCGUAUAGUCUCGACAACUACCUCAGUGCAGCUCUUGGGAGGCCUCGAACCUUUCACGACAGAGACAUCGACCAGAAACUCCCAUCAUGUGUUGAUGACGACGACAUUGAUAACGCGGACGAGUCAAUAUCCUCUCCUUCGAGACCGCUACUAACCUUCUCAUCCGGGCCGGUUGCUUAUGCUAAGCUAUCGCGUAUACUUGGCGGAAUAUUGGUGGACGUCUACUCAAUUGAACCAAUGACUGUAACCCAGCGACUCACCCAUACAGCCAAAUAUAUGCAAGAGCUCAAGAGCUGGAGAUCGCGAAUGUCGAACUUCCUCGAUCAAGAUCCCGCAAUCGCUGCACAGUUGAUCUUGAUCUAUCAGCGACAGCGUAACGUGCUCAACCUUGCCUACUGGCAUACAGUCAUUCUGACCAAUCGCCCAUUGCUACUCAACAACUUUGCAAGACUUACCAGUAGUAGACGACAAGUCGAGGAUGAGCGAAAAGCACAGCUCGACGAGAGCGCUGCGGACUGUCUCAACGCGGCAAUGAAUAUUGUUGGCAUAGUGGACAUGCUCGUACAAUCCAAACAGCUGUUUCGAGCUUUCUGGUUCACCCCUUACUUUGCCUUUUCUGCUUGUGUCAUUCUCUACGUCUACACAAUCCAGCGCAGCAGAGAGCAGCAAGUCGUGUAUCAGGCAUAUUUUGAAGCUGCUGAGCGUUGCCAGCAACAGAUCGUAGAUAUAGCCGGAGAAGGAACUCUGACUUCUCGAUAUUGCCUCGUCUUGGAAGAGCUUCGUGCCGAGGUUGUUGCACAGAGAGGACUCGCUCAGAAUCUCACACAAGUUCAAUCGUCGAUAGAUGCGAGAACCCAUGUUAAUAUAUCUCGCGCUCAUGAUGCUGAGACAAUGGCAGAGGCUGGGUUAAGUAUGGACGUGCCUGAUCUUUCAGGAAUGGGUUCUUUGGACGACUGGCAUGUCAGCCCGUCCGAUUCUCUAGAAGAUAUCACAGGCUGGGGCCAGUUUGAUGCUAUGGUGGUAUCUGGCUUUAAUGGCGAAUAUCCGUUCAUCAUGGGUGACAUUACUUAGUUUGUCGAGUAUGCUUUUACUGAGUCAGCUAUGGUUACUCUAAGCCACUGGGUCAACAUAGGAGGUUUAUAAACUGUAGCUAUAUCGACCAGGACUGUUAUGAUUUGAACGGAUCCUACUGCCACUAGACGAUUGUGAGAGCAAACUCUCGUUGGCAUUGGGUAGUAUUGCAGUCGCCACCAGGAUACGUAUGGGGGUCGACGGAUAAUUUUAGUAACCGGAGCUUGUAUCCGUCCGCAUCCGUCGGAAAUGCAUCUUC